AUGGAGGAUAAAAGACCAACUGUUGACUGGUCUCUUCCAAAAGAGUUAUGGCUCAAGAUCUCGAAUGACCUUGAUAUGGAGGAUUCCCUAGCACUUGCAAACGUCAACAGACAACUACGAUCUAUUUUCAAAACAAAGGAGCUGUUGAUAAUCCAAGCUAAGAAAAGAUGGUUUUCAGCAGGUGACCAAUCGAUUGAUAAACCGGAUCUUGGUGAUCUUUGGGAAGAAUUCAAUGUUUUUGAACAUUGUUUGCGCCGUGUGAAGAUUGAUCAAUAUCUCUUGCAAAGAUUACAGGAUGUAACGAAAAUGACAGAUGGCCUUGAAAUUUUCGAUGAGAUGGAGGAUAUUAUUGAUCACGGUGACGCUUUUAUUCCAAUAGCUUUGAAGUUGGUGGAUCAGUAUGAGGAAUUGACAUUGAGAUAUUAUGCUAUUCAGUUCUUAAUGGCAAGAAGACAUUCCGUGGCGUUUGAUACAAUCGAUGAAUAUUAUGAGAAAAUCAAUCACCAAAACGAUUCCUCUUUGAAUGAGCUGCCAGAAGAUUUAGUGUUCAAAUUGUGUCACUUGGAUCCUGCGUUUGAUAAAUUACUACCGCACAGAAACAAAGUUUUAAAUGAAGUGGUGAAAUUGGUCAAGCAAGCUGAAUUAUCCAAAGAAUCUCCCGAUUAUUUGAGGUCUAUGAUUUCAUUGGUUCAUUCCAGUUUUAUUAAAACGGUAAAGUUUCAUGAAUAUGCAUUUUAUGACAGUGAAGAGGAUAAAAGUAUUAUGAGGCUCUACGCUGGUGAAACUGCAGGACCCACUAUUUAUCAGAUUGCAAUAUACCAGAAAAUUCUCAGUUUGCUAGAAAUAAAAUCAGAACUUUCACCGGGAUUUCUCAUCUUUCCAGGAAAUGGCCAAUCAAAUCAAAAGCUGUACGUUCAAAUGCUGUCGCUACAUGAUAUUGAAAUCCUGACACAUGAUGAAUUCCUCGGACUUCUCAGCUCUUUGCAUUUAGAUGCGUUACAAAUGAAUAAGAUUUCAAGUCCUAUUCAAUCUGAUUUUCUCAUAAAUGCCGUGCUUGCUCCAGGGGAAACAGAUUCUUUACGAAUUCAGCUUAUGGAAGGGGAGGUGGAUAUGAACAGAGAUGAAGUUUAUCCAUCAUCUAGAAUUGAGUUGCCGCCUACUUUCUUCACAGUUGCAUUUCAUUAUUGGAUGCACACACCUUCAGAUUUACAAGGAAUAGACUCACUUAUUACUUUAACUCUUCCCAGAAUGGUAUUUGGGGAUAUGCCACUUACAUAUAUUUUGAUCAGAGAGUCCAGCUUUUUCGAAAAUCCGAUCGAUGAUUUAAACAUGUCCAUACAAGAUGCAUUCUUCUAUGAUUUUGAAAAAAUGAAUCUUUGUGAUGAUGACAGUGAGGGCUCACUUUUGGAAGAACUUAAUAUAAACAUUGAAUUCAGAUUAGGUGACAUCGUAUACGAUAAUGAGGGAACCGUUGGUGUUAUAUGUCAUGCUUUUUACAAUAAAGAAACUUCUGGUCCCUUAUACAUCCUUUACAUUGGAAAUGAUGAUUUUAUAGGUGUCGACGAGGUGGUGCUUAACAAGAAUCCGAAAGAAAGUGAAAUGUGGAUGUUUUUGGAGGAUCAAAAGUACAUGGGACCUUUCUUUCAUCGGUAUGACAACAAGCAGAAAAGAUUUGUACCAACUGAGCGUUUGCUGUAUGAAUCUUCCCUUUCAUAUCUUGAGGAUUAA